AUACACAUUAAUUUAUGAAUAAAAUAAAGACCCUUUUAUCGCCAAUCACUAAAAUAGCACGAAGAGAAGUAAUCAAGCAAACAGACAAAAAAAAGAUCUGCGCACAGGUUUUUAUAGAGAAAAAGACUGCUCAUUCUUGUGUAUUCUUGGGUUCAAACAUCAUUGUCCCAUGUGCAGAGGUUUUUUAAUUUGAUUCAACUAAGGAUUUUGCCCUAUUUGGAGUUCUUCUGCGACCCCAUCUCGAUUUUGGACUGAUUAAUCUAGCUUUUAGUGUUGGAGGGGCUUUUUAACCUCCAAGCUGCGAUUUUUAUUACUCGGGGCGUGUUUGGAUUGUUGGAUAAAGAAUAAUGACUGUGGAGAAAAUAAAGAGUGAAAGUGAAAAUUGUGAGAAUUUCCCAGUGGGGAUGCGUGUUCUUGCUGUUGAUGAUGACCCAAUUUGUCUGAAGCUUUUGGACACUCUACUCAGGAAAUGCCAGUACCAUGUUACCACAACGAGUCAAGCGAGAAUAGCCUUGAAGAUGUUGAGGGAAAACAAAGAUAGAUUUGACUUAGUUAUCAGUGAUGUCCAUAUGCCUGACAUGGAUGGCUUUAAGCUGCUUGAACAGGUUGGCCUCGAAAUGGAUCUGCCCGUCAUCAUGUUAUCUGCGAAUAGUGACCCCAAACUCGUGAUGAAAGGUGUAACUCAUGGUGCUUGUGAUUAUUUGGUUAAACCCGUACGGAUUGAGGAGCUGAGAAAUAUAUGGCAACAUGUGAUAAGAAGAAAGAAGUUUGUGUCGAAAAACGAGAAUAAGUCGGCUGAUCAAUCCAAACCUAAUCAAGCGAGUGGAGAAGGACAAGGUGGGGCUAUCCCGGAUAACGGUGAUCAGAAUGGAAAAACGAAUGUUAGAAAAAGGAAAGACGAUGAAAAUGUGAGCGAAGAUGGGAAUGAAAAUGAAGACCCUGCAACUCAAAAGAAGCCUCGUGUUGUUUGGUCCAUUGAGCUCCACAGGAAGUUUGUUGCGGCCGUUAACCAGUUGGGCAUUGAAAAGGCUGUUCCGAAAAGGAUUCUUGACUUGAUGAAUGUGAAUGGGCUUACCCGAGAAAACGUUGCUAGCCAUCUGCAGAAAUACAGGCUGUACCUCAAACGAAUAAGCUCGGUCGCAGCUCAGCAGGCCAACAUGGCAGCUGCAUUCGGAGUAAAGGACUCUCCUUUCAUCCGCAUGGGCCCGUUUAGUGGCCUCCCAAACGCGGCCUUCCCACAUUACUCGUCUGGAGGAAUGCUCGGCCGAAUAAACCCACCCACAAAUAUGAACCUAAUACGCAACAUCUCUCCAUCUGCAUUUAUCCCGACAAAUUCCCUCAAUGCCCUUGGGAAAAUGCCGAACCCGAACCUGUUUCCAGGGAUCCAGCUGUCUUUAGAACUCGACUCGAACAAGCAAGGAGCUGUAGGCGGGCCCAGCAAUGUUGUGAAUGGAAAUUUCCAGCAAACGUUGAGUAAUGGGCUUUUUGGGCCCGAGUCGUUUGGCGUCAACAGCAUUGAAACAUCCUCUGUGGUUCAGCCGAACAACUCGUUAAUUUCCGGGCAGCCGUUUAAUUUGGCCAUGAAUAGCGGCGAGCCUUAUGUGUCGAGCCAUUCUAUUGACAUGUCGUCUGGACCUGGGAAUGGAAUGGCUUUGUCUUUGGAUGAUUUGGGUGGCGAACAGGGGCAAAAUGGUCACGGUUCGAAAGUUGGUUACGGUGAGAAGUCUCAACAAGGAGGGUUUCGAGGUCGCAGUUAUGAUUCGUUGGAUGAUAUGAUGAAUGCUAUGAUCAAAAGGGAACACGAUGAAAAGGAUCUGAACUGCGAUUUCGGGUUAGAUGGUUAUUCGUUCGGGCAAGGAGGUGUAUGAGGCUCGAUGAGGACAAUAUCUGUCCUCUUUAACUUACUUUCGGAAUCUGUAGGAUGUUUGAGUUUGAUUUUUUUUUUUUUUUUUU